UUUUUUUUUCUCUAGUCCUCAUCCAGCCAAAGGGCCCCUGUAGCUGCAGCUCCCCAACCUCUUGUCACUCUUUUCUUCUUCGCUUCUCUCAACUUAUUCAACGGUACUAAUACAGACGGGAAACCCCAAAACUCCCCUGCCAACGUACCACUUGCUUCCUUUCCUUCUUACUUCAAGACCGCUUCGACUUCUACCAUCACCUGAUUCUACUCUACCUUGACUUACACUUGAUACGUACGCGGCUUCAUCACUGCAAAUACCUAUACAGCAAACUCAGGGGACAUCCACUCGAUCCGAACUCACAACACCUUUUGUCUUACACCACCUGAAACGAGCAACAAGAAUCUCGAUAUACGAGCAAUACCCGUCUCAGACUCUCCUCUUCGCUUCUCCCAGCUUUAAUCUUACUUGCACUGCAAACAUGGGCCAGAGCCUUUUCGAACGCAUCCAGGCUAAGCUGGAGCUCUUCCGCCUUGAGCAACGCUACACCCGCCGCCGUCAUCGUCGCUCAACCUUCGUCUCCAAUGCCGUCUAUGUGGAUGGCGAAUACGUCUACCAGACCCCCAACAGCACCGGCUCUUCCUCAGAGUCGAGCGCAUCUCGUACCGACGCACUACACGGCGACCGCGCAUCGCCCUCUCCUAGAUCUCCCAUGCACUCCAUGUCUCCUGAGCCAACCACUCCGACCAUGGAGACACUUCCUGAGCGCAAGAAGUUGAACCGCUUCAGCUCAAUGCCGGGCUUUGGAUCUCGGACAGAGGAGCAACAGAGGACAGUUCAACGCCGAACCAGCAUGAUUCGAUAAAGAGUUUCUAAGCCAAUAGAAACGAGAAUCAAUUAUACAAUUACAAAAAAAGACAAAAAUCAUUUCAUUUUGGAUGGUGUACGGUUCAAAUUACCAGACGACAGAGCGGAAGAUACCAUUUGGGAAGCCUUUGGUUACGUUAUCCCACGGCAACCCUGCGCAUAGGAUUGUAUCCCGUGUCGUUUUGACGAAUAUCACUUGCAUCUCAUCAGAGUAUAUGUUUUUUUUUUAUUUCACACUCGUUCUACCAUUCUAGACUUUCACCCACAUUAUUCAUGAGUCUGAAUAUGAGUUUUGGUGCCUGGAAAGAUUUCACUGGAUGCGCUUCAUCGCUGGCUUAAAGCAUCCUCAUACAUUUUUUCUUUAUUACUUUUUUUUUUCUUUUCUAUUUUUCUCUUAUUAUCCAGAGCUAGGCGCAGCAUGUGAUAUGUCUGCUAUGACGAUUGAGCUGAACAUAUUUUUCUCAAUACGGUCUUGUACAUAGAUGCC